CAAACAUUUCGCCAAACUAGCCGAUUCGUAAUGAAUGCGAACGACAUGGAUGACAACUGACUUGGCGGACAUGCCAGCACAGCGUGGCCGCUCGGUGUGUGGCGUCCUCGAUGACGGACUUUCUAUUCUUCGCGAGCUGAACGUGGGGAUUGUCUAUCAACUCAACUUCAUGAGAAUCUCAUGUGUAUUACACAUUACGACAAGCAAGGAGGGAGCAAGCAUGCAUAUUUUUUGAUCUUUAAUUUUCCUUCAGGAGGAGUUCAUCAAGGGGAAAUCGGCCUGUUAGAAGAUACCAGAAAUCCGCGGGCGGGCGUUCACAUCAUUUCAAUUCGUAUAAGCCUGUGCCGCACACACACACACAGCACGAACAAGAAAAAAAAAGAGAAAGUGUGUCGGUUGUGAAGAGAGGAGGGGAUCCUGGCGCAGCUACCAUCACGACUUGUUUUCAUUUGUUUGGCCUUCUCACCAUGGAAAUGAGGACCAAUUUAUUUCACAGCAGGGUGAAACGGAACUGCAAGGGGAUCAUACCAAAAGAACAAAAAACACCAAAAUCUCUGCUAGCUUUUGCUGGCUUUGGGUCAGGCAGUGCCUUGCCUUUAAUCUUCAGCAUCAAGCCUAGUUCUCUUCUUUUCUUUAUCUCUCCAAAGAAAUCCUCUUAUUGUCGAGGCUGUCCAGAACCCGGAGUCAGGAGCUUCGGAGGAAGGGAGGACGCCUACCAUUGCUACUUUUGAUAUGGACAAGAGAUGGUGGCGGACUGGGGGUGGGAGGUACGGGAGUGAGUUUGAGUGUUGGCUUUCGGGGUAUUUCAUCAACACCAUGUGUUGGAUGGACAGGCCCCUUUUGUAGCAGUCUCGAGGAGCUGUCCAGAUAAAAAGAGUACUACUACUACUAGGCAAGAGCAUAGGCAAAUGGAUCAAUAUUCAAUAUUC